AUGGCAAGCUUCUCUAAAUGUGGAUUUCUAUUGCUGGCUUUUCUUCUGCAAGUAUUAUCAUGCUAUCCAAAAGUAGAUAGCAAACUGCUGGUUCCUGCAAUAUAUAUAUUUGGAGAUUCAACAAUAGACUCCGGUAACAACAAUCAGAUUAUGACUCUUAUCAGGGCCAACUUCCCUCCCUAUGGCAAGGAUUUUCCCGGUGGGAUAGCAACAGGAAGAUUUACUAACGGAAAACUAGUCACUGAUUUCCUAUCAAGUUUUGUUGGACUUCCAGAUGAGGUGCCGGCAAAUUUGGACCCACAGUUUACUGGAGAAAAACUGCUUACGGGCGCUAGUUUUGGUUCAGCUGGGGCAGGAAUCGAUAACAGUACAUCAGUGCCUUCUGGUACCAUAACACUUGCACAACAAUACGAGAAUUUUAAGAGUUAUAGAGCAAACCUAACAGAUAUGGUUGGUGAGGAGGAGUCUAGCAAGAUCGUAACAGAAGCUUUAUUUGCAAUUAGCAUGGGAACCAAUGAUUUUUCUGAGAACUAUUAUUCAAAUGCUGUGACAAGAGCGAAAUAUGAUAUUGAGCAGUUUCAGAGUCUUCUCUUGCAGGAAUUGCAAUCAUUCAUACAGAAUAUUUACAAGGAAGGUGCUACUAAAUUUUUGGUUAUUGGCGUGCCUCCAUUUGGCUGCUUACCUCAACAAAUUACUAUGCACAACCUGAUUAAUGGUAGUUGCAUCAGUGAAUACAAUGAGGUUGCAACUUCUUACAAUAAGAAGCUCUCAAGUUUAAUAGAAAUGAUGAAACCCAGUCUUCAAGGUCUUCAAAUUGUUUAUAUAGAUGUAUAUGAUAAAUUGCUUGACAUGAUUGUCAAUCCAAACAAAUAUGGAUUUGAAGAGGUAAGGAAGGGUUGUUGUGGGACUGGCUUAUAUGAGGUGGGUCCAUUGUGCAAUACAUUCAGUAAAUUAUGUCCUAAUGCGUCCACAUAUGUAUUUUGGGAUAGUGUCCAUCCAACAAGCGCAACAUAUAAUAUUCUAGCCAAUGACAUCUUCAAACAGAUGGAAAGGCUUAUAAGAUGGUAA